ACUACACAUUCUACUGCCAUUCUACUGCCAUUCUACUGCCAUUCUACUGCCAUUCUACUACACAUUCUACUACACAUUCUACUACACAUUCUACUACACAUUCUACUACCAUUCUACUACACAUUCUACUGCCAUUCUCUAACACUACACAUUCUACUGCCAUUCUAUUACACAUUCUACUGCCAUUCUACUACACAUUCUACUGCCAUUCUAUUACACAUUCUACUGCCAUUCUACUACACAUUCUACUGCCAUUCUACUACACAUUCUAUUACACAUUCUACUGCCAUUCUACUACACAUUCUACUGCCAUUCUACUACACAUUCUACUGCCAUUCUACUACACAUUCUACUGCCAUUCUAUUACACAUUCUACUGCCAUUCUAUUACACAUUCUAUUACACAUUCUACUGCCAUUCUACUACACAUUCUACUGCCAUUCUACUACACAUUCUACUGCCAUUCUAUUACACAUUCUAUUACACAUUCUACUGCCAUUCUACUACACAUUCUACUGCCAUUCUACUACACAUUCUACUGCCAUUCUAUUACACAUUCUACUGCCAUUCUACUACACAUUCUACUACACAUUCUACUGCCAUUCUAUUACACAUUCUACUGCCAUUCUACUGUCAUUCCACUACACAUUCUACUGCUAUUCUACUACACAUUCUACUGCCAUUCUACUGCCAUUCUACUGCCAUUCUACUGCCAUUCUACUACACAUUCUACUACACAUUCUACUGCCAUUCUACUGCCAUUCUACUACACAUUCUACUACACAUUCUACUGCCAUUCUACUGCCAUUCUAUUACACAUUCUACUGCCAUUCUACUACACAUUCUACUACCAUUCUACUACACAUUCUACUGCCAUUCUACUGCCAUUCUACUGCCAUUCUACUACACAUUCUACCACACAUUCUACUACACAUUCUACUACACAUUCUACUACACAUUCUACUGCCAUUCUACUGCCAUUCUACUACACAUUCUACUGCCAUUCUACUACACAUUCUACUGCCAUUCUACUACACAUUCU